CCGCCGGCGAAUGGAUUCGCGGAAACGGAGUUGGACGAGGAUUUGAAGAAGAAUAUCGAGCGGUGCAAGUACGUGAAACCCACGCCGAUUCAGCGUCAUGCAAUACCCAUUGCCAUUGCAGGUCGCGACUUGAUGGCGUGUGCGCAAACUGGGUCAGGCAAAACGGCGGCGUUUUGUUUUCCAAUAAUAUCAGGGAUUUUGAAGGGUCGUUCCGCUUUUGGGUUUUCGUCAAUGCCUCGUCGUGGUGCUAUGGUUGCAUAUCCUACAGCGCUUAUUCUGUCUCCUACUAGGGAGUUAUCGUGCCAGAUACAUGAUGAAGUGAAAAAGUUUGCUUAUCAAACAGGAGUGAAGGUUGUGGUUGCUUAUGGUGGGGCUUCCAUUGGUCAGCAGCUACGCAAUUUAGAGAAAGGUGUUGAUAUUUUGGUUGCAACACCUGGGCGCUUGGUUGAUAUCAUCGAGAGAGAAAAGGUUUCACUAACAAGGAUCAAAUAUCUUGCCUUGGAUGAGGCAGACCGCAUGUUGGACAUGGGCUUUGAGCGUCAAAUUCGCAAAAUCGUGGAGCAAAUGCACAUGCCACCCCCAGGUGUUAGACAGACAUUGCUUUUCAGUGCUACAUUCCCGAAUGAUAUACAGAAGCUUGCAUCUGACUUUCUAUCGAACUACGUAUUUCUGACUGUUGGAAAGGUUGGUUCGAGCACUGAACUGAUUGUACAGAAAAUUGAACAAGUACAGGAUACAGACAAAAGAAAUCAUCUUAGGGAUCUUCUUAGUCGUCAAAGGGCACGUGGAGCCAAUGGAAAGCAUGCUCUAACUCUUGUAUUUGUUGAAACAAAGAGAGGAGCUGAUGCUUUAGAAAACUGGCUGUCGAUCAAUGGGUUUCCAGCUAUUGCAAUUCAUGGUGAUAAAGUUCAAAUGGAGAGGGAACGAGCUUUAAGAUCGUUCAAAUGUGGUUCUACUCCAAUUUUAGUGGCAACUGAUGUUGCUUCUCGAGGGUUGGAUAUCCCGCAUGUGGCUCAUGUUAUUAACUUUGACUUGCCUAGAGACAUUGAUGACUAUGUGCAUAGGAUUGGAAGAACAGGCCGUGCUGGUAAAUCUGGUUUAGCCACUGCCUUCUUCAGCAUCAAGAACAUCUCCCUUGCAAAGGAUCUUGUUGGGCUCUUGCAGGAAGCAAACCAGGAUGUUCCUUCUUGGCUCAGCCAGUAUGCUCAGGGUUCAUCAUCCAGUGGUUGUAGCCGUGGAGCUCGGCGCUACAGUGGUGUCAAUUAUGGUGGUCGUGACUUUCGAAAUGUCACUGAACCUGAGGUGGAGAAUUACAACAACUUCAGUACUUAUGGCAAUUCAGAUCAUGCUGUGGACUCUUAUACUGAUACCUCCUUUGACAUCAAAAACUCUAACAGUGAUUCCUCUCUGGAUAACUCGAAUACAGUUUCUGCGUGCAGUUAUCAUUACACUGAUGCUAAUGCUGAUAUGUACGGAGGUGGGAUGGUUGAAGAUGGGCCAUGUGGUUAUGAAUCUAUUAUUCCCACGGGAUGGGAUUAGACUGGUAUCUCGCUCUCUGCAUCCUUUUUGCUAUAGAGGGGUACGGUACCAUAUAUAUGCCUAUAUUAACAGUGAUGUGGAGGAGUAAAUAGCUAGUUAUCUAAGUUGUGUAGUUUAAUAUUUGCAGACUUCUCCUUUUGCCAGAGCCUUACUUUUUUGGUCUAGCAAAUAAUAGGAUGGAUAAGCUUGCUCUGGAUGUAUUUACUAUUUAAAAUA